AUGGUGCACUUCAGGGCUCGCCGAAGCGCACCGGAGCUGGUGGCGCCGGCGCGGCCGACGCCCCACGAGGCCAAGACGCUCUCCGACAUCGACGACUUCUCCGAGUGCCGGUACUACGCCUCCGCGAUCGACUUCUUUAGCCACGACCCGACGGUGGACAACCUCCACCCAGCCAGAUCAAUCGUGGCGGCCCUGGCAGAGGCGCUUGUUUACUACCACCCGAUCGCUGGCCGCCUCCGGGAGAUCCCCGGCGGCAAGCUCGUGGUUGACUGCACUGGCGAAGGGGUGGUGUUCGUGGAGGCCGACGCCGACGUGUCGCUCGAGGAGCUCGGCGGGCAGCCCCCCUAUCCGUGCGCCGAGGAGUUUGUCUGCGCUGGCGUGGUCGAGGGCGGCAGUGGCGCCGUCGUCGUAGUUGGCCGACCGCUCUUCUACAUGCAGGUGACGAGACUAAAAGACGGUGCAUUUGUGCUGGGUUUCCAAGUGUGCCAUGUCAUCGCCGACGCCGCCGGCGUGACGCAGUUCAUCGGGGCGAUAGCCGAGUUGGCACGCGGCGAAGCACAUCCGUCCGUAUCGCCAGUGUGGGAGAGGGAGAUCUUCAAGGCGCGUGACCCACCUCGCGUCCGGCAUGGUGUCUACCCAGCGUAUGACCCAUCGUCGCCAAGUAGAACUGUCCUCGGUGACCACGACGACGUUGACGAUCCUAUGCUGUCGACGCCGACGGAAGAAAUGGUUGGGCGAUACCUGCGCUUUGGCCCGAAGGAGGUCGCCGCUCUACGAAUGCAUCUGGAUGCGGCGCAGCCAUGCACGACGUUCGAGCUCUUAACUGCUUUCCUGUGGAGAUGCCGCACGGCGGCGCUGGGCUACCGUUCCUGGCAACGCGUCCGGCUCGUGUUGCGUGUGGACGCGCGUGGCAACCGCAUUUGUCCCGGUUCCCGAACUGGGACUAAAGGGUUGGUACUAAAGCUGUUAGCUAGAUAA